AGAAGAUGUUUACGUCACCAUUACGUUGGCUUUGUACACGGAAGUAUCUCACCGGAGAAAACAGCGGAGGACAGCGAGGGCUUCUGUUAAAACAGUGCCUCUCUUCUCAUCCAUGGUUGGCCCUUAAAGCAAUGCUCCAGGGAGGAUGGGACAAGCUUUGUGUAUCUGCUCACGCAGUGCCAUCACCAUUGAAAACAAAAGAUACUACUUCAUCCAGAAACUAGAAGAAGGUGGUUUCAGCUAUGUGGAUCUGGUAGAGGGCGCUCAUGACGGGCGCUUCUAUGCUCUAAAGCGGAUCCUUUGUCAUGACCGUGAUGCCCGUAAGGAAGCUCAGACAGAGGUGGAGAUGCACCGGCUCUUCAGUCACCCCAAUGUCCUUAGCCUGACCGCGCACACCUUCUCGGAGCGUGGCGGAAAGUGUGAAGCCUGGCUGUUGCUCCCGUACAUCAGUAAGGGAAGUCUCUGGUCUGUUCUUGAGAAAUUAAGGGAUAAGGGCAACUCUAUGCAUGAGAGUCACAUCCUAAACAUUCUGCAUGGCAUUUGUGAAGGCCUCAAAGCAAUUCACGACAAAGGCUACGCACACAGGGAUCUGAAACCCACCAAUGUUUUACUGGAUGAGAAUGACCAGCCUUUCUUAAUGGAUCUGGGCUCCAUGAAUAGAGCCAAGAUUGAAGUCAAGGGGUCUCGGGAAGCCAUGACAGUCCAGGAUUGGGCCGCUCAGAGGUGCACCAUCUCCUACCGAGCACCAGAACUCUUUAAUGUGGAGAGUCACUGUAUCAUUGAUGAGAGAACAGAUAUUUGGUCUCUAGGUUGUGUGCUGUACUGUAUGAUGAUGUUGGAGGGACCGUAUGACCUGAUAUUUCAGAAGGGUGACAGUGUGGCUCUUGCUGUCCAGAAUCCAGUCUCCAUUCCACAACCUUGCUGUUAUUCUCAAGGGCUUCAAACCCUCCUCAGCUCUACCAUGGUGACCAAUCCUCAGGAAAGGCCCAGAAUUGGCUGGGUUCUUGAGCAGGUCCAGAACCUCAGGGACACAGAUGGAAUAGCUGUUGAUACAAACCGAAUUUGAUGCUUCUACAAAGGGAGCAGCCCACAUUUGGCCAGACUGUCUCUUUCAGUCGAGUCGACUCUGGAACUUUUGGACUAUGUGCUCUAUCUAUGGGACAAAAGAACCCACUGAACUCGCAUGCCUUGCAAACAUUUGCUCUCUCUUACCUCAGUGAGCUCAGCACAUUAUGGUAAUACACACAAACACACCCGUACGAGCCAUUGUCUUUGUUGGUGAAUCGCACCAAAACAUAUCCGGGUCAUAUUUCAGGCCAAAAUCAAAUAUAUAUAUAAAACACAGAUCAUCCACAACAUUAAAACCACCUGCCUAAUAUUGUGUAGGUCCCCCUUGUGCUGCCAAAACAGCGCCAACCCGCAUCUUGUUUGGCAGCAAGAGGGGGACCUA